AUAACACCAAAAAAAGGUGUGAUAUCUUGAAAUCUACACCAGGUGGAAUUUUGUCUGGAAAGUUUACAAGUUUUGAUUCUUUGUGUUUAAAGUCAAAGAAUUGGAACAUUAGAUAUAAAAUGAAUUUUCGAAUCAUCAUUUUCCUGGUCAACUUAUGUGUCGGCAUUCGAGGCGACACAGGGCUGAUUAUAGGAGAAUGGAACCCUGGCUCAUUUACAGCCAUGACAAAUAUUCUAGAGUCCUCAAUUUCCUUCAGUAAUGUUACCCUUAAGAUUUCCCCUAAAGACUCGCUCAUCUUAAGCCUGGCAUCUGAUCCAAAGGAAGGAGUCGUUUUUACGGCCACAGGGAAUUCAAUAUAUAUGUUUCCUAAUUUUUCUGAUUGGCAAAAUCAAUUUGUUAAAUUUACAAACCAAUUCAGAGGUAAAUCUAUUGCAUUUGGACAGAUAGCCUUUGACUUUAUUUCGAAGAAUUUGUACUGGUGCGAUUCCUUGCUUCGUUGGAUUGCUAUGAAACCAGCUUACAACUUUAAUGACACCAUUUAUAAAAUAAUACUGUAUAAAGAUUUAAAUCGACCCGAAGGAUUGGCUUUAGACCCGGCGGACAGAUUACUGUUCUUUUCCAAUAACUAUCCCAUUUCACGAAUCGAAAAAGCCUCUUUAGACGGUCAGAACAGAGAGGUUAUUAUACACAAGGGUCUGUCACGGGUACUCUCCCUUGCCGUGGACACAGCGAAUGAUAAACUGUAUUGGGCUGAUUAUGGCAGAUACACCCUGGAAGGGAGUGAUUACGACGGAUCAAACAGGAGGGUGAUCAGACAUAUAAACUUUGUGUCAGUGACAGGCAUAGCGUACCACAAGAAUAAUCUUCAUGCAGUAAGUAUAGAGGGAGGGUAUAUGUUCGCUGUUGAUAUCACAUCCGGGUCCUACAUUUACCUUCGGAAACUCGAUUCCUUCCAGCCGUUUGCAAUUACAGUGUAUGAUUCCGACUCAACAGGACCUUUUAUUGAUCCUUGUUCAACCCUGAAAUGCCAACACAUGUGUGUCAACACAUUAUCAGGACCUCAAUGUCUGUGUUCUGAGGGUUUCGAUCUCGAUAGCAAUGGCAAUACCUGUACAGACAAGUCCUGGUUUUUUAAGAGGGGUUUCAUAGUAAGCAACAGCUCUGCAUUUGCUAUGUACGAAGUACACGCAACUAGUAAUGGACCAACUGUAUAUCACAUUAUAAGUUUUACAAGCUAUAUUAUUGAGACCUUUGCUGUGGACGCAAAGUCAGACUUUAUCUAUUUUGUGGACACUGGAAACAAUUCGUUAAAAAGAUACGACAUCAUUUCCCGAAAAACUAGCACUUUAACCACGUUAGCAUCUGCCAAAGAUUUGAUUUUUGACUGGAUAGCCAAUCUUCUAGGAUGGAUAGAGCCCGCUCUGUCCAGUAUAAGAACGUUUUCAGUCAAUUCGCAAACCAGUGUUCUAAUAUACUCUAAUCUGCAACAACCAGCGUCUCUUACUGUGGAUCCCCACAUUGGGACACUUUUUUGGAUUUCGGGGACAUCGGGGAAGUCAAUAGUCCGUGGGUCUUGGACAAGAGAGGUGCCACAAACAUUGAUAUCAUCGGCAAACUUAAAUGAACCUAGUUCUUUACAAUAUGACGUCACAAGUAACAGACUGUAUUGGAUAGACAGCAUGGUAAUAAAAAGUUCAAGGACAAGCGGUUUGGAUAUUAAAAGUCAUGUUAACACACACGGAGCUACAAAGGCAUUCGUAUAUAAGGGCUUUCUAGGUUGGAUAAACAAAGCCUCAAUUUAUUUUGCCAGAAUGACCGCUUCAAGUGCAGAGGAUACGUUGAACACUCUUCCAAACUGCAAAGAUGUGUCUGUGUUCGAUUCCUCUUUGCAGGAAGACAAACGAGGUACAUGUGAUAUCUUAAAUGGAGGUUGUGGAGAAAUAUGUGUCCCAGAAACCACUGGUCGUAGAUGUGAAUGCGAUAUUGGUCUGCAACUCCAAUCUGAUCAAUCUUGUGACAGUGAUGCGCUCUUGGCGAAUUUCAUUGUGAUGACAGAUUAUACGCAUGGGAGAAUAUUGCAGAUUGAUCUUCAGACAGGAGCUUUAGUCAAGUUACCUCUUUCACUAAAUGGGGUUUUAGGAAUAGUCUUUGAUAAAAUAACAAAGACGCUCUUUUAUUCUGAAACUUCUACGAACACCAUCACGUCAACAACGGUGCAUGGGGAAAAAAGGACAUUAUUCUACACCACAGGUUUUGCCUACGCUAACAGUUUGGCGAUUGACUACUCCACCUUCAAUCUCUACUACACCGCUGAAGGGCCGUUAAUAUCACAGAGUAUCGUCGGAGUAGUUCACAGAUCCAAAUUGCUCCACAAAACUCUGAUGAAAAACCUCCAUAAGCCAAGAGAUAUCGCUCUUUAUUCUUCGAAAGGUCUUUUAUUUUGGACGGAAACUGGAAACAUAACAGGCAUCGGUAAAGCAAAUAUGGACGGAACAUCUAAUAUCUACAUUAUAACAACAUCGCUUGGAUGGCCAAAUGGACUAACAAUUGAUGCAACAGCAAACCGAUUGUAUUGGACAGAUGGGCUUAAACACAGCAUCGAAUCAUCUGACCUCAAUGGUGGAAAUCGCCAGGUUCUGGUGACUGAUAAUAAUGCUUUUUUAAGUGAUAUUGUGAGCCUUGGACAAUAUCUCUUCUACACGGCAUGGAAUCGAAAACGUGUCACUAAAAUAGAUAAAAAAACUGGAUUGAAAAUGGAGUUCAUGGUCAAUUAUCCAGAGCUGGGCCGAGUAGACAGCUUGGACAUAUACGCUGAUGAAUACUUGGACGUAAGUUCAAGUUGUUCGUCCAAAAAUGGAUUAUGCAGUACCUUUUGUUUUCCAACUCCAACUGGUAGAACAUGCGGUUGUCAAGACAAUGUUAAUCUCCAAUCAGAUCAGCUGACUUGUCAAGGAGUAUAUCGAUGUCCAACUCAGCUACAGCAUUUGAACUUUGUCGAUUGCGCCCCUUACCCUGGACUGGCAUGCAAUUUCGAAUGUAAAGCUGGAUAUCUACCGGUUGCCAACAAUACUGCUGUCUGUGAUUACACAGGAAAAUGGUCUCCACCCAUUGAUAUACUGUGUAUUGCGACAACAUGCCCCUUGAACGUAGAAAAUGCCACUUUAUCGUCUACAUGUCGGGGUUCUAUUGGAGAGAAAUGUGGCGUAAUCUGUAAUGGUGGUACUUCAGUGAACACAACUCACAUAGUCUGUCUCUCGUCGGGUGUCUGGGACAAUGAUACGUCUGUUAUUUGUAGUCCAAUUCAGAAACCUGAGAGAUAUACUCCCUCUGAGGCCAACAACACGGACAUGACGUAUGUAUACGCCGGAAUCUCAAUAGGAGUCGUCGUCGUUGUUGUCAUGGUUGUCAUUGGAGUUUUAUUCUUCAAGAAGAGACGAAACAACCCAGCUCAGGAUCGAAGCCUUAUUCAAGAUACAUCAUCAAAUGAGAUAAACAGGAAGUCACUAACACUGUCAGUGCUGGAACUUGUGAACUCAUUGGAGUCCAACUAAUGUGAAAUAACUAGUUAUAUUGACACAACUGUUUACGAAGUGCAUUUGUAAAAGCCACAAUAAUUAUAUAAAAUCUUGAUCAUUCUGUAUUCUUGUAUUUACCACAUAUCUCUUGACAAAAUGAGUAAUUUAAGCAAAAUAAAAAUACAAUCAUCAACUUUUUUCUAUUAAUGGUAUGUGGUGAUGGGGUAGAAGGUUUAAUAAAAAAAAAAAAAGGUUGCAUGCCUCCAUUCUUACUAG